AUGGGGUCGAAUUCGGAUGGCUCCGGCGAGGGUGGCGGCCGUGUGCGGGGUUUGGUCCUGAAAGCCCUGGUACUCAUAGGCGGGGCGCUUCUCCUGAAAAGGCUGACCAAGGCCACCACCAGAUGGGAUCAUGCGCGUAUCGUUGCAGAGUCUCUCUCUGGCGAGAAGGUGAAUACUCUCCGUCAGAACCUACCUUUUUAAUUUAUCUUUUGUGCUCCGGAUAGUAACCGGAUCUCAUUACGUUUAUAAUAAUUUUCUUUUCAAGUAUUCUCGCGACCAGGCCACCAGAGAUCCUGAAAAUUACUUCAAUCUAAGGUUGUUAUCUUUCUCUUUUUUCUUUGUUCAAUUUUUUGGUUAUCUUAUUGCGCUUUCCUUCGGUCGUCAUUUCAAAGUAUGCGAAAUGUAGAGCGAAGGCACUAUGUGGCUCAUAGAGUGUGUUCUGGAAGAAAGAUACCAUGAUGUGCCUAUGUUUUUUUCUUCUUCUCGUCUAUCAAUAUCUCAUAAUUGUUCCAACAGUUACCAACUUCUUAAAAUGUUUAAAAUCAGCACUUUUAUGAUCAUGUUAGUUUUCUUGUAGAAAAAGGUGUUCCAAUAAUGCAGUCCGUCACUGCACUUAUUGACGUAGUGGAAGCCAAGGAAAUCGUACAUUGAAUCCAAAAGAAUUGAUAGAGUUAAUCCUUGAGUUCACAAGGAUUGAAUAAUGAGACCAUUUGAUCCAGUAAGGAGUCGUUAGUACUGUCGAGGCCCUCAUUCUCUUCUUCCGAAUCAGGCCGACACAACGGAAUGGGGAUUGAAUCCAUUAGGGUUGAUAGAGUUGAUCCUUAAAUCUACAAGGAGUUGCUUGAAUCCAGAAGCGAAGGGUGGGGAAAAUAGUUUUUCUGGGUUGAAAAAAAAACCAUCUUGAUUUAAGUGCGCGGCUCCCUAAAAAGGCCAAAAGUAGUUGUAAAUUCCCUAAACAAUAAGAUCCGAUAUCAAACUCUAUAAUAGUUAAGACUUCCUAGAUAACAGCGAACAUUUAUUUGCCAUAAGAAAAGAAAGCACAUUUGGGCCCUAUGGGCCAACCUAAACAACACUAUUGAAUUCUUCCUCUUUUUACACGUACCAGCCUUCUGGACUACACCUUUUAGAGCGAUCUGUUUCCUGCAGAUCUAUUCUACAUCACUGACAUACGGCACCUAUGCUAUAAAGACUUGAUUUCUUUUUCCUUGCACUAUAUUGAGUACAAAUUUGAAAUAGUUGAUAGUAUUCUAACACAUUGCUGUUCACUUAAUUUACUGUAUUUAAUACUUCUUUAAUAAAUUUUAGACUAAUUGAAAAAGACAAUGAAAAACUGUAAACUACUUCUUAUGGUAGACCGUACAUGAGCAGAUCAAAUUGUGAAUCAGCGAAUUCAUGUGGUAAUUAAUUAAUUUUCUAGGAGGCUGUAAUUUUUCCCUUUCCUUUGGAUUUAAAUGGCCGAUUUGGCUUUUUACGUUGAUGUUGGAUUAUCCACAGCUGGUUCCAAUCCAAAUCAACCCAAUAACAUUAGAAUCAGAUGGCUUUUUUUCGCCAUUAUAUUUGAUAGAUGAGUGAUGAUGUAGUAUGAUUAUGUAUGGAGAUUGCAGACAAUUGAUUUCUUCAUAAGAUGACAAUGAUGCUAAUUAGAUCCCAAUUUGACUGUUCUAAAAGGAUCAAAGCUUACUAUGAAUGGGAUGGAUGUACAAUAGAAAGUAGGAUAUCAUAUGAUUUGCCUUGAAUAACUUAAGUACUCACAUACCUUCUGUAGAAAAAAGGCAAGAAAAAUUUUUACUAGAUGAAAUUCAUAUUUACGCAAUGUCUAUCGGUUUAUUGUAUCCAUAUUAUCAUUUCAAACGCUGUCACUAUAGUCGCCAUGUUCGCUGUCAAGUUUGAUGAGUUUUCUCUUCUGGUUUUAUUUUCUCCUUAGUUUCUAGAUGCAUGAUGAAAUCCUUUGUUCUUUCUCUCCUGCCUUGUAUGUCCUAGAAACAAAGUUAACUGAUAUAUGUUUGUUUUCUAUUUUUUAUUUAAUUUAUAAAUGAUAAGCUUUAUCUUCUUGCGUCUCUUUUCUGAGAAAUGAUUUAAGAAAAUAUUAUCCUUAUCUAUGCAGAAUGCUUACAUGCCCUGUGACAGAGAUGGUAGAUGGUUCAAGAGUUCUGUAUAAUGAACAGGUUAGGUUGAUUUUGUAGUUUCGCAAUGUACAUUCGUGCUUCAAUUUGCUUUUUAAUAAAUUAUUUUUUUCCUUUGUUACAGGCAUUUUGGAGAACCCCUCAAAAACCUUUUCGUCAAGUAUGAUGACUUCUUAGCUUUUUGGAAAUAUUCGAUAUACCUUCUUGGAAAUAUUAAGCUUAUGAAAAUUCUUUCAGUUGUUUCUAUGCUUAUGACGAAAAGUGACGGGCGGACACAUCUUUGUUGCCUAAACCAUGAUUACGUCUGAGGCUGUCAAUGGAGUAGACGAUGACCAAUGAACUCGUCACGGUCACCUUAAAACGAAGUCAGUGUUGCGAUAGUAUUUGAUAUCAUUUUCCUGACGAUAGUAUUUAUGGUUGAAAAUACUAGAAGUCUCAGGCACUUAGAACAAUGUGAACUUGAAAAUGUUCGUGUGAAAAAAAGGCUAUCCUCACCGCCCCCACUUAGAAGAAGAAAAAAAACAAAAGAAAGAAGAAGAAGAAGAAGAAGAAGAAGAAGAAAGAAGUACAUUUAGCUGGUGAAAUCGUCAAGUGUUGAAACUAAAAAUCUGCUUUAGAUUAUGGCGAUAAAAUGAAAUGCAACAAUCUGUGUUUGAAAUUUGAGUUAUAUCAGUACGUCUCAUCAUUUUAGUUUCCAGACGAAUCCUGAUAGCUUUCCUGUUUGCAGAGGUUUUACAUGGUUAAGCCUUGUCCGAAGGAAAUGAAAUGCGACGUUGAGGUAAGAUUUUAAUUAUUUAUUGCAUUAGAAAAAAGAAUUUAGGCAUCAUUUUUUAUUUUCACUUUGAGAAUUCGUAGCUUGUAAGACAUUCCAAACCUCUCUCCAAGCCAAGUCAAACAGGCAUCUAGUAUGUUCACCUGAGUAAUACCAUGCUCUUCUCUCUGGCAGAGAUUAGUUUGAUGUUUCCUGCCGGUGCUCAUCAUCUGUGUAUAAGUUUGGAAAUCCUAGUUACACAUUCUCAAUUCUGCACCAGAAAAUUUGGUCCUCGAGUUUCAAUCACUCUAUCUCAAAGAGAGUAUAUUUCUUCCGCUUUGGCUGGAGACAUUUGAAAAGAAUAAUUUGAGUAACUGCAUUUUACCCAGAGAAGAUCAAUUGACAUAUAGGCACUCCCAUUCCAGUAUAACUUUAAGAUAGCCGACUUACCGCAAACAUGUCCUUCAUAUAUGCCCUAUAAAUACUUCUCAAUAAUUAAGACUACUAGAUCGCAUGAUUUUUUCCUAUCAGCUGCAUCAUCUUGCCGUAAAAAAUUUUAAUUUGUGGUGAAUCGACAGUUGAAUACGUAUGCAAUAAGAGACGCAGAGGAAUACAAAAACUUCUGUGAUCGCUCAAAGGAUCAGCGACCACAAGAGGAAGAAGUUAUCGCUGUAUGUUUUUAUUGCUUGCAAAGUUUCUUUUAAUUGCUACCUAUGCAGCACAUUUUCAUGAUGCACUUGGGCCAAGCCGUCUGUUAUGUGGAUAUAGUUCCUUGUGUGAUGAAAAGCUCUUGAACUGUAGUCAGAUAUUAGCUUUAAGAUAUCCACAUGACAACUGUUCAUGUCUGGACCGAUUGAUCCUUUUAUUAGAUAAUCACAACAAGAUCCAAAUAUUGAAAUCAAUAUAGAUAUCCUGUUGAUUGAUCCGUUAAUUAGAUAAUCAAACAAGAUCCAAAUAUUGAAAUCGGUAUAAUAUCCUGCCUGUUUCGUAAGUGCUAGUUUUCAAUCGUUUCCCGCACUGAUGCACUCAUCAAGAGGAUGAUUUUUGAAACCCCCUGCAUACUGUCCCGAAACUGGUAAAGGAUCAUAUUCAGGAAGGUUAAGGCAUUGCAAUAUUCCAUCGCAUUGCUGGGUUGUUUAUCAGGCUGUGCAUGGAAGCUACGGAUGUCCAUGAAUAUUAUGAACUGCCGUGUAAUCCUGUCAUAGGGUUAGUUCUACUAUUAGGUACAGAUCAUUUGUUGUAGUCUUGGGAGUGGACUUCCGGGGCAUGCAUAGCAUUCAUGUAGAAUCCCUUUACGAGAAAGUCUUCAAAGUUUGGUAUCUCGCUGUAAUUUAGUCUGGCAUAUAUGAAAUUUCUGUCGGAUGUCUGAAUCAAAUACUUUUAUAAGGGAGUUUAUUUGCCUUUGAAUCAUGAGAAAGCCUCUAUAGAUUUUGCAUUGGCUAAUAUUUCACCGUCACCCAAUGUGAUUCAGCUGUGUCUUAACCAUGAUCAAGGGCCCAAUAUACCUUACUUUUUGUCAUUCCCUGCUCACGAGAACAUCAAGAUAAGCAAACUUUGGAAUGUCUUAAAUAGUGAUAUUCCCAGCUUUGAUGUCUAUCUCUUAAAUACCUGACGAUAGCAUACCAUACCUUUUGCUAAAAUAGUGAUAUUCCCAGCUUUGAUGUCUAUCUCUUAAAUACUGAAGAAUAAUAAUUAGCACACUUUUUAGUUGCUAUCUAGAAAUCCUAAUCUCCUCGGCCUCUUAAUUAAUACAAGGGACUUGUAACGUUGCAUAACUGACAUACCCAUUUCGAAAAAGGUGAUAGAUGAGAUGAUUAUAUUUUAUUUGAGGGGAUACUACUUCCAUCAAUAUUAAUGAUUUGAGAGCGAAGUUCAAUCUGCGUUCUGACAAGAUGGAUCCAAGGCUUGAUCUUCUCUGCUUAAUAUUUUCUCCACGCUUGUGCUUCUCCAACGCCCAGAAACUGACCGCUGUGGCUCACUUUUAUGAUAGGAUAUUGCUGAACACUUGACCACUGUUUAUCUCUCGCAAUGUGAACGCGGGAAGCGCUGCUUGUAUGAAGGCUCGGCACCACCUGGCGGGUUCCCCAAUUCAUGGGUACCGUAUUUGCUUACCAUAUUGAGAAUCCAUAGCUGAAUAAUCGAUUUUGGAAACGUGGUUUUUAUAGUCAAUUUCCUGCAUAAAUGAUGUGCAGAAUGGCGCAUCAUAUUGCACUUCGGAGCUCUCCGUUCACAGAAGUGGAGAGAUUCAUACAUGGGACAGAGGCUUCGAUGAAGAAGGAAAUCAAGUGAGAUAUUUGUGGAAAAUAGCUUUUCUAUUCUCGUUAUUACUUUCAACAGGAGUCAUCUAACAUAAAGGAUGUUGAUCAAACUGUGUUUUCAAUCAGAUUUGGGGAGUGAAGGAAGGCCCUUAUGAGUUCAAGCCCGCACCAAAACCCGCAGCUCCAUCUGGCUUUACUGACAUGUUCUCACCAUUAAACCUUGCCCCAGCAGUGACAUUGGACAAGAGGAUGGAAGGGUCGUUUGUAAUGGAGUAG